AUGUUAGUUGUUGUGCUUGUAUGCCUGGUACCCCAACUGCACACCCCCAUGUACUUCUUCCUGUGCAACCUGGCAGCCCAGGACAUUAUCUCUGUCUCUGCCUUCCUGCCCAAGCUGAUGGCCAUCACAAUUACAGGGGACACCAGCAUUUCCUUUCCUGGCUGUAUAACUCAGCUAUUUCUAUUUAUAACCUGCACUGAUGGGGAUUUUCUCCUGCUGGCCAUCAUGGCUUAUGACCGAUAUGUGGCUAUUUGUAUCCCUCUGCGUUAUCACCUCAUUAUGAACCCAAGGUUCUGCAUCCUGUUAGUGGCAAUGUCUUGGAUUGUAUGUGCCGCCAACGCAAUGUGCUUUUCCUUCUUUAUAUCUCAUUUGUCAUUCUGCAGGCUUCUUGAUAUCAAUCAUAUCUUCUGUGAAACCAUAUCCAUGUUGAAGCUUUCCUGCAGUGACACAACCCAUAUACAGACACUUAUAGCAGUUGAUGCACCAUUAAUAGGGAUUCUUCCAGUUGGGUUGAUCCUAAUAUCCUAUGUAUACAUCAUAUAUACCAUCCUGAAGAUGAGAACCUCUGCAGCAAGGCCCAAGACUUUCUCCAGCUGUUCCUCACAUCUCACAGUUGUAUUGCUCUUCAGUGGUACAUGUCUUAGCUUGUACAUGAAACCCGAGUCAGGAAACUCUCAAGAAGUAGACAAGUUGCUUUCCCUGAUGUACUUGGGCUUUAUUCCAAUGUUAAACCCACUGGUGUACAGCCUUAGAAAUAGAAAGGUUCAGUCUGCUGCAAAAAUAGUAUUUAGCAAAUAUAUAAUAAAAGAUCCAUAUAAAGGUUCUUCAUCAGGAAGGCAGUGA